CACUUUCUUAUUUACAUUAAUUUCAUUCCUUCUCUUAACACCGAACGAACGAACGAAAAGUCAGGAAAGAAUUUUGAUACAGGUCUCGUUGCAUACACGGAUGCACAUCAGGCUACCACAAUUGAUUUUGAACUAUACCUACAAAAUAUUAAGGUUUAAAAUCAAAUCGAAAAAUUUCAGUUUUGUAAAGCCUGAUGUGCUGUUGUAUACUUUACUAUUUACUAGUCAUGGAUCAAUAAAUAUAGCUCUCAAAUGCAUUGUUUGAAUGAAAUAUUAUUGGAUUUAAGUAUAUCGUCUGUUUCAAAAUCACUGUGUUAUGUAACCAUACAACAACACAAACGAAAACUAUAUUUUUUUCAUAUUGAGAUAAAUAUAUAAAAAACAGUGAGAAGAAAGAGAACUUAGGUAAUAAAGAAGGUUAUACUCCGUCUAAAUAUCAUAUAAAGUAUAAUGAAGUUAGAUACUCAUUUUUGUACGUGUAGUACAUACAUAUUUAAAACAUGUUUAUAUCAUUCAUAAUUAUUUCUAUAUAGUAAGGUACUAUUUAUAAUGGCAACAUUAUUAAAUAGAAAUAGAAUGAAUGAAGUAAAGAAUCAUAAUCAUUAUAGUUUUCAAAAUGUCAAAUCAACCAUUCACAUCAUUCACUGCUCCGCUGUGCCCGCUGGUGCGCGUGCCGGCUGUUUUAUUUUCGUAACAAAAGAUUUUUUUUGUAUCAAAUAUGAAUUAUCCUGACAUAAUUUCUGAAUAGGUUAAGUAAAGUUAACUUAGGGACAGCGAUUUUAUUAUGUAAAACAGCCGUUCGCGUGGAUCGAUAUUUUCUUAUUGUGUUGUGGAUAUCGACCUCAUUUUGUAAGUGUUUAUGUUUGGUAAACGGGUAUCUUGAAAUUUGUUUUGCAAACAAAUAGUUUACCCUCCUCCAAAUUAUAAAUAGUCAGUGAGAGUAUUACAAUAAUUGCGGUGAGGAGUUGCCCGCUGAUUCAAAUGUGCGAUAUGUGGGUGUUGCUGUGAGAUCAAGCUUUUGUGUCUGAUCAGUGUGAGUGCAAAAAUGUGGAAGAUUUUGGUGUUGUUGGCGGCGGCGGGGUGUGGCGCCGCCGGCGAGACCUUCCUGAGCGACAUCACCCGCGACCUGCACUCCGAGAUAGCUGUCGUUAUGGAGAUGGCUAACGUCACCUACUCGACGCCCAUCAUAAACACCACCUACAAAGCUAGUGUGGAGUUCGACAUGCGCGCAAUGGGCUCCUUGUACAACUCCACUCAUCUGGUUAUCGACUUCAUCGCCAACAAACAGGCCUACCCUGAAGGUAUAGUGUCUGUAUCGGACGGGCACGUGGAGGUGGCGUCGCCGCGCGAGCACUGGCGCGAGCUGCUGUCCCACUACGCGGGCCCCACGGCGGUGAUCGUGCUCGCCGCGCUGCUCGUCGCGGCGCUGCCUCUGGCGGGGUUGUUUUGGUGCUGUUGCUACUGGUGCAAGUCGGGCAGGCGGCGGCGCGCGUUCGACAGGAAGUACGACGCCUGCCUCAAAGGGAUCCUCGCUAUACUACUCAUAGCACUACUCACUCUUUUUCUGUUCGGCGUGGUGUGCGCGUUCGCCACAGACUCGCAGCUGGAGAGCAGCGCGAGCGAGGCCCCGGAGGCGGUGCGCGUCGGCCUCAGGGACGCGCGCGAGUUCCUCAACGCCACGCAGGCGCACGCGAGGCACCUGCUCACCGACAACUACCGCGAGCUCGAGAUGAAGGUCAACGGCCUGCUCACCAGUUCGGGCGUGGCCGUGUCGGUGCAGCUGGGCGCGCUGUCGCGCGGCGUGGCGGUGUCGGCGCUGGCCACGCUGGUGGCGCGGCUGGACGACGUGCACCGCGACCUCACCACCGUGCACGCGCUCACCGACCGCCUGCGCGCGCAGGCCGAUACCCUCAACGCAGGGCUGCGCAAGGUGAAGGGUCAGCUGCUGCAGACGCUGGCGCAGUGCGAGCAGCCGCCGUGCGUGCGGCUGCAGGAGAAGUACAAGAUCGGGCAGCUCGACACCGAGAUACAGUACAACCAGAUGCCGGACGUGUCGGAGCUGUUGUCGAACGUGACGCAGCUGCUGGAGGGGAACAUCAAGGAGGAGGUGGCGGACGGCCAGCGAGUGUUCCGCGACAUACAGCGCGCCAUACAGCGCUCGCUGGACGAGAACAUACCCGGCGUGCAGGCGGCGCUGGCCGACACUGGGCGUCGGCUGGAGCGCGUGGCGGACGACAUCAGCGCGAUGGCGGGCAACGCCAGCGAGGAGCUGCGGCGGCGCGAGGACGUGGCGGACGCGCUGCAGCAGCUCUACGACAAGUACGGGCCCUACCGCCGGUACCUGGGCCUCGGCGCCGCCACCGCGCUGCUGGCGAUGACGUGCUUGCUGGCGCUGGGCGUGACGUGCGGCGUGUGCGGCAAGCGGCCCGACGUGUACGGCGCCAGCGACUGCUGCAACAAGGGCGCCGGCGCCACCUGGCUGCUGUGCGGCACGGGCUGCAUGUUCGUGGUGGGCGGGUGCGUGGCGGCCGUCGCGCUCGUGUACUUCCUGGCUGGCAUCACGGCGCAGCGGUUCUUCUGCGACCCACUCGUGGAGCCUCGCGGCAACCGUCUGUUCGAGGACGUGGACCGGUUCGUGGAGGUGGAGAAGAUGCUCUACAACGAACGAUCCGACCCCAGCUUCAACCUGAGCGCCAUCCUGGUGCGCUGCCACCAGAACUACACCAUAUACGAGGUACACUCACGUCUAUAUAUAAGAAAAGGAAAUCGCGUCUAUUCUAUCAAUCAAAAUAAUAAUAAUAAUAAAAAAGGAAAAACAUCAGAGAUUGUAGUGAUGUGUUAUAAAUAAUAGAAAGCAAACGAUAGUUCAGCAUUUAUUUAUUUUUAUUACAUCACAUAACAAGUAAUAGUUAUUAUAGUGUCCAUGGAAGAUCAGCGUCGAGGUAUCUAAAUGACAUCUCGGCACUAUGCUGAAUGGAUACCUUUUUAGAGCCACGAUGUGUGUUUAUGUAUUCAUUCAAUUUGAUAUUUCUAUAUUGUGUGGUUGCUAAAUAAAUGAAUUAUUAUUAUAUACAUUAAUUAUAUUAAUAAAACAAAAGUAAUGGUUCGCAUUAUGUGAUCUAAGCGGCUAAAUAUUAUAUCACAUGAAGUAUAAUAUUGUCUUAAUUUGACCUAUAUAAGUAUAUUAUAUAUUAAAAUAGAACAAUCUAACAAUAAAAAUAAAUCAAUUAACAAUAAAACAGUUGUAACUAUUUUAAGAAAUACAUUAAAUAUAACUUAUUAUAUUGAAUACAUCUCAAAAUAAAGCAAUAACAAAUUACAUAAGACUAAAAUUCAAUCAAUUAAAAACAAAAUAAAAUUUAAUGAAUUUAAAAUUUAUACAAUAAAAAUCAAUUAAUUUAUAUCUCAUCGGUUCAAUAAAAAUUAUUGUCAAUUAAAUCAAUUCUAUGGCAACACCGGUCGAACUAAACGAUUUAAUUUUUCUAUGUUACCAUCA